AUGGAAGAUCCUUUGCCUUCAGCCUGAAAAAAAGCUCUGGGAUUUAAACAAAAAAAUGGAGGCAGUCGGUAGGAUCCACUUGGGCCGUCGCUUUAGCAUUGUAUGUUUAUUUUCAACUGCAUUCACUGUACGUCCAUAGGCUGGAGUUCAAAAAGCGGGAUAUGGAAGCAGAUACUCUCAAAGAUGAAGACUAUAUGGCUGAGUGGACUGCCAAUGAUCCAGCAAGACUGGCGCCAUCUCCUAGCAAAAUCACUGAGAAGGCCAUGUGCUUUUUGCCCCCGGGCCAGAUAAACAGCACAAAUGGCUCAUUCAAUGAGCAGUUUACACCUUUCUGCUACUCAGCAGACAGCAGUAUGAUGGGCAGUAAUGGCAGCUCAUCAGAUAAUAGGUUCCAUGGCCAACUCAAUUUUCAGGAUGCAAAGCAACUCAAUUAUUUGGCCAGCUCUGCUCUUUUUCCUCAUUUGUUGGCAUCCAGCAUAACUCAGAGUGGAAUUGUCCAGGCAAAUAAAAGUACUAACUUGGAAACACUCAGUCCUGUUGCUGCUUGUCCUGCUCCUCAGAUAAGUCAGGAACCCACAUGCUACAGAAACAUGGAACAGAGCCCAGGGCAGCAGGAACAGGUGAUGAUGGAACAGAUGGAGCAGCUGCAAAGGCUGGUAACUGAACAACAGAAAAUCAUCACAUAUUAUAACCCAGGCUUUUCAGUCUAUCCUGGUACCCCUUCCCAGCUCGUUGCCAUGGUGCCAACACUUCCAAGAUUUCCUGCCACUUUGUUUCCUGUCCAGCUCCCUUUGGAAAACUCUUCACCAGUCCAGAACCACAGACAUUUACAAAGCAGUCCAUCAAUAAUGCAGACUUCCCUUCAGAGACGUUCCUCAGCAUCCUCACCCAACAAUAACUGCUCGGAAACCUUAGGGGAGCACCUGCAACCUCCAAGUCCAGGAAAAGAGAUUGAGCCAUUGUCUCGAAGUGCUGAAAGCCCCACAAAAAAACUUUCCAGACAAGAUGCUCAAGAAGAGGAAAUCACAGCCAGUAAAGAUGAAAGUCCACUAAAGGAAGAGGCUUGUCCUAAUACUCUGCCUGCCAUUAAAGAAGAGGGAGAGCAAACUGAUGAACAGAUUCCCCUUUCCCCUUUUGGCAUAAGGAUGGACGCAAGGACUAGAAACCUGGAAGACAGACCAAUCAGACCAGGAAUUGGUGUAAGACAGAAGACUUUUGAAGAAUUUGUUGAAGAACAACUUAAAGUAGAUUCUCAAAUAACAGAAAACCACCAGCAGAACUUCUGUGAGGCUAAAGCAACCCCUCGGAAAUCUUUCCUGAAACGUGGAGAAGGCAUUGCAAGGCUUGAAAAAAACAAAGAGAACCUUGCAAAAGAACAAGCCAAACAUCCCAGAAGAGUUAGUUUUGAUUGCCAGAAUAGCUUCUCUUUGCCUCACCAACAGGAUGCAGGAAGAUUACAGCUGGGGAAACAUUUAAAUCAUUUACAUCGACGGGCCAGCAGCCCCACGAUGUUGGUCUCUAAUGAGAAGAAUACAAAUUGCACUAUCUCCAUGAGUGAAAUAAAAGCUCAGGUUGACAGUAAGACAAGAGAUCCUGAGCAAUGCCCAGAAGAAAGCCAAGAAGGAGGUGGUGGAGAAGAGUGUGCAAAGAAGGAUCCUGCUGUAGCACUGCAGAUGAACUGGGCUGAACUCCUGCAGCAGUGUCAGGAACAAAUUACUGAAAUGAAGCUACAAAUAGGUGAGAAAAAUAAAGCUCAAAGUACUUAUUCUCCAGGACAUUCAGACAGAGCAGACAAAAGUUCCAUGGAGUCUACAGUUCAAAAGGACCUAAAUAUUGUGGAUCAGCGUGUGAAGGACAAUCUAACUCAGAGAGCAGAAAAGCCCUUGGAAAUCCUCCAAGAAGGUUCCAAGCUUCAGAAUUUAGAGGGAAGCCAAACCAAGCAGAUGGAUUGGAGCACAGGCCUCAAAUUCACAUCAAGUGUGAAAGGAAUUAGCAGUUGCCACAAUGAAGAUGACACUGUGAGCAAAAGCCCAGAGAGCCAAAGAGGAACCACCACUGGGUUUAAGAUGGUUAAUGACAGAAUAAUGAAAGUUACUCACAAAUCAACUCAAGGCAUGGACAAGAAAAAGAACAUCACAUCUGUCAGCCACCAGCAAGAGUGGCAAAGCAAUAGAAGUGCUGCCUACAGGUGGAAUGCUCAACCUUUGUCCAGUGGGUCAGGCUGCACAUCCACUGACAGUGAGGAUGACCCCAAAUCUUACUGCACUCGGUCUCCCACAAUGCACAUGCCUCAGAAAGUAGGUCACACAGACAAAAAUUUGGAUCUGUCUGAUGCUGAUUAUGCUACUGAUGAGCCCAGUGGUGCAGAAGAUCUGGCCCUGAAAAAGCACACCAAGCCACCUCCAAAGAAACUGGGUGCUCAAGAGAGAAAAGCCAAGCAGGAUCUCUCCCUCAGCACAAGCAGCAGUGACUCUGGUAACAGGGUUGCCAGGCUGAGAGGAAACAAAGCUUGCUCUUCUCUUCGAAAGUCUCCCUUUCGGCCCCCGAGAUCUGCAAGAGGUGGAAGAGAGCCUGAGCCAAGGAGUGAGAGUAAUGUUGGGGAUGGUAAAAAUGUAGAGCUGCAGUCGUCACCAUCAACCUGUGAUCUGGUGUUCCCUGCAUUCAAAAGUAAAGAAACCCUUGCAGAAGAGAGGGCACAAAGAAAACCAGUUCUGGGUACGCUAGAAGCAGCUCAGAGAAGGCUUACUGACAAGUUAGAGGAACUGGAAAAGGAGGUUGGUGUAUAUCGUGGAGAAACCCCCCUUCUAGUGAGGAUGAAGGAAGAACAAGAGAAAGCAAGGCAUUUUCUCAGAACACAAAUGGAUCAGUUUGAGACCAGCAAGGCUCAAGAACUUAAUUGCUUAGAAGAAUAUAAGAGAGACUGCGUUCACACACCGAAUAAAGAAAAGGUUGAAUUUAAAAAGUACGCAACAGCAGCUAGAGUCACUAGGGAGGACGUGAAGUCAGAAGAAAUACAAAUGUUAAAACAGCAGAUUGCAGAGCUCCAGGAGGAGUUCAGGAGAAAUGAGUCCCACUGGCAUGCUGCCCAUGGCAAGCUAAAAAAUCAGAUUGAGAUGCUGACCAAACAGAACCUGGAGCUUCGAGAUGAGCUCAGAGUUUCAGAGCAUCAGAGGCUGGAAGCAGAAAAGAAAUCUGGAGCUGUGGAUUUCAUAAGCAGAAAAUCAGAAACCCCGGUUUCAGAAGCUAUUUUGAGAGGGACAUCGUCUUUGGCUAACCUAGAAGAAAGGUCAUGGCGAAGUAGCCGUAAGAGUCGCAACACCACUCCGGUGGGGAGGAAAACGCCAGUGGAGAAACAUCCCCCCAGAGAUGUGAAUAUGAAAGCAAUGAAGAGUACAGUGCAAAGGACUGAGUCUUUGAAAUCAGUAACCAGGGAACCCAGAGAAAAGACACCAUCUCAUCACUUUCAUAGCAGAAGUACAACACCCACUGGCAAGAGAACACCCCAUCAAGGAAGAUUAACACCCUUUGAGCCAGAGAAGGUUAUGCAUCAAUCAUCUCUUAAUGAACAAAGAACCUAUGGCAGGAAAUCACCUGUACUUCCCGUCUCACACUUGACUGUGUCUAAGGAAACCAACUCAUCUUCUUACAUAAAAGGCAGAUUUUCAUCCACCUCAGGUAGUUCGGAGGACACAGUCCUCUUUCGCAACCAGAACGAAGACGUUUGUAGCUCUGCAUCCUGCAGUAACAAUGAGGAAACACAGGAGAAAGAGAAUCUGUGCCUUCAAAGGACUCAAAAAUCACUUAAACCUUGGGAUCAAACAGGCUUUUUGACACUCUCCAGGAGAAACAGCAUAAUCCCAAGUGGCAGAAAAACACCAGUAGAAAUUUUUUAUGCAUUACUGGAUGCUGAAGCAAAGACUUCUCCUCCAAAAUCAACAUUAUCCAGAAGAUCUUUGCUAUAUGAAGAAAGCAAAAAGAGUGAUGAGGAGGUGCGAGAAAAAAUAGAGUAUGCAGAUGGCAAGGUAGAAGAGGUGCUUACUGAUGGCCGUCGAAUCAUUACUUUCCGCAACGGUACCAAGAAAGAGAUCAGUGCUGAUAAAAGGAUGACGGUGGUUACUUUUUUCAAUGGAGAUGUAAAGAAGAUCAUGCCGGAUCAGAGAGUGAUUUAUUAUUAUGCAGAUGCAGAGACAACCCAUACCACUUAUCCAAAUGGCUUGGAGGUGCUGCAGUUCCCUAACAAUCAGAUAGAAAAACACCACCCAGAUGGCACCAAAGAAAUUGUGUUCCCAGAUCAGACAGUGAAACGCUUCUAUGAUGGUGGGCUUGAGGAAACGGUUUUUCCAGAUGGUACAGUAGUAAAAGUAGAAAAGAACGGUGAUAAAAUGGUGAUGUUCAGUAAUGGGCAGAAGGAGAUUCACACGUCACAGUUCAAGAGGAGGGAGUACCCUGAUGGCACUAUAAAGACUGUGUACUCCAGUGGCCAACAGGAAACAAAGUAUUCCUCUGGACGGGUUCGAAUCAAGGACAAAGAGGGCAACAUCAUCCUCAAUAAGAAGUGAUUCGUCUGCUCUAGGCGCAGUGUUGUAUGUAGGUUGUUCAAGCCAGUUUCUGGCUGAGAUUGGUUAUUAUUUUACAGUGUAGAUAUCUGUAUCCCCUGGAAGUGCACAAGUCUGAUGUGUUUUGUUCCUUGUCCCUUUGCCUGCCUUUCUGUUCCUUGAAAGAAUUAUGGCCUGAUUGUGAGUGGCGCUGAGCACCCACAACUCCUCUCAAAGUCAGUUAAGGAUCAGGCUCGUAACAUCAGUUGUGUUCUCUAAAAUCAUAAAUGAAUGCCAUGUAUCUCAAGGAAGACCAGAAAUUGCACUGUGGAGAACAUUUCACUUCUUUCCACCGGGUGUAAGGAAGAAGAGGAUGGACUAGGAGACUAAGCAUAUGAUAUGAUAUGCCUAGAUAUGAUAAGCAUAUGAUAUGAUAUGGUCCACUUUGUCACAUGGACCAUAAGUUCACGUUCCAAGUAGAUAUGUAGAAUUGAAUUUUACUUGCAUUCACUGAAUUUUAGUUAAACUACAGCUUUCUGGGUGGGUGUUUCUUGAACGAAGCUUCUAAAACUGCACUCACAUGUGCACUGAAUAGACAUUAACCAACCCAUGGUACUUUCCUUUCCACCAGGUGUUUGCCUGAUGACCUUGCCCAAAAUUUCCCUUCCGCUUAUUCAGGUGCUAGUUGGCUCCUCUGUCUACCCCAGAAAUGGUUGCAUUUGAGUGGUGUUGUAUGUACACCCCAUAGCUGUGAGACACUUUGAGAUCCUUUGGAAAGACACCAUAUAAAUGUAAAAAAUAUUGUUUUUAUUAUUCAGCAUGGUAGAUCCACCCAGACAUGCUGCAUUAAACAAAAUCAUUAAUGUGAACGUAGUUUAUUAAGUAAAAAUCUGAAGACCAUGGUCCAGCUCCUCAGACUUCAAUAGAGCCAUGUUGAUUUACAUUCCAUGAAGAUCUGGACCGAAGUCUUUAAUGUUAAAAAUAUUUCUUAUUGAUUGUCUCUGUCUCUCUCUCUAGCAUUAUUUAAUUUCUUUUUACUCCAGCACCCAAAAUACAUGUGUAAACUCCUGCAGACUCCUAGCAAUCUACCUUUAUUGUUUCCUCACGUGCAAGUGUUAAAUAAUUGCAAGAUUAUGCAAUUGUUCAUUUUUCUGUUUUGUUUCUUGCAGCUCAGAAUACAAACAAAUUUGCAUUCAAAUUACUGUGCAAUCUGGAAGAUGUAGUCUGACUAGACAGAAAGAGUAUGAAACAAGUUAUUUCCCAUUAAUAUUGAUCACAGAUGACAGUGUGUAUAAAUGUAGUUACUCUUUUCUAAGCAUUUGAUGAUGAAUACAUUGUAAUGUGAUUCGAGUGUGGUAACAUAGUUGUAUUUUUAUUCCUUUUACUCCCUAUGUGUAAAAUAAACUAUUUAGA